CUCACCUCUUCCACCGUCACCACCAGUUUAUUUCAGCGACAUGUCCACCGGCAACAUAGACAGGGUGCCAGCUCAAUACCCGAGAAGAUGAUACCGAGGCAAUGAGGUCUCGUACAGGAUGUCUUACUUGCCGCCAACGAAAGCUCAAAUGCGACGAAGAAAAGCCUGUCUGCGGCCAUUGCCGUAAAGGUGCACGCGAGUGUCAGCCCAGCGAUGGUGUUGUGUUCCGUCACCAGCAGAAUGCGUCGAUGAAUGGAGGUGGAGAGGUGGAGGUUCGAAGUGGAAAGCUGGCGCGGUUUUAUGGUUACAGGGACAGCUUCAAUGAACACAACAUAUGGGUAGAAGUGCCAAAAAGAGUAACCUUCUUCAAUGUCACGGACCCAUACAACAUGGAAGCAACCCCAGAACCCGAAGCCGAGAAUCGAGCAGAUUCCACCCCUAGAAUUGCACCACACAUAGAGGAGAGAUCAGCAGAAAAUUAUUUCAGCGUGCCUUUUGAUCAGGCUUCCGGCUUAGAAGCCCUCUCUGAAGCAGCAACCAGCAAUUUUCAGUAUACGCGGCCGGUGUCGGUCCCGGUCCAUUCGCCAGGAGAUAUCAACGCAUCACCCCAUUCUUCCAACAACUUGAACUUCAUAUUGAAUCCCACUGAGGCCGAGGCUUCAAUUGGCUUGGCGUCACCAGCAAUAGACCCCACACUGAGUCCCUCAUUCGCAACGCCCAACGACCUAAAGCCCAUUGACGACCAUGAAAUCUCGUACCUCCUUCGGCAUUUUGGUGAAACGACUGGCCAAUGGAUGGACUUGUUUGAUUUAGGCUGUUAUUUCGCGCACCAAGUCCCUGUUCAGGCACUAUCGAAUCCUCUCCUCAAAUUUUCAGCAUGUGCAUAUGCUGCAAAGCAACUCUUCAGGGUUCGCGGGAGAAAAGCUGUCAUUGGUGGCAUAGUGAGCCAACAAGCUGCAAUGGAGCUGUAUCUUCGCCCAGAAACCGUGGAUUGGGAAUAUAUCGGAGCGAAGUACUAUGACAAAGCCAUACAGCUAUUAAUGGAAGAACUUUCAAAUUCAGGGAAUUCCGAGCCUCCAAUGACUCCAGCAACCGCAGUCGACGAGACCUUCAGUCCUCACAGCGCCCACCAGUCAUCACAAAGUGGACGGCAGACCCCUGGAAACAAGAGACGCCGCCUUUCCCGACAACCGUCGUCAAGCAAUCCUGAUGAGACUCUGGCAGCAGCCGCGAUAUUGUGUGUGUAUGAGUUUUUGGACAAUGCAAAUACUGCAUGGGCAAGGCAUCUCAGUGGUACGAAGUCCUUAUUUGACCUGGCAGAGAAAGAAGGAAUGAUGCCAGUUCGGUCACCUACAAGUCCGGGAUCACUUUCACAACGGAUUACACCUUCAAGAGCCCGCAGAGCUACAUUCUGGAACUUCGCUCGACAAGAUUUCCUCGCAGCCUUCAUCAACGAAACUCAAACAAGAUUAAACACGGAAGACGUCGGCCUUUGGAGGGCUGCCGGCCUCCAACUGGAUGAAAGAGGAUUUGUUGUUCCAAGUAAUACGGAAGAAUCCCAAUAUCCGGACCGACAAAUUGGAAUGCGCGAAGACAUGGUAUCAAAUGCUCUUAUUUGGUUGAUGUCGAAGAUUAUCAACUUUCUCGCCUCUGGCGAUUCUGUCGACAAUGUAUACCCGCAGGAUCGAUUAAGUCCAAACGGGAUACUUGGUAUCAACCAAAUGUUACUUCUCGAAAGGUGGAAAGAACUAGAAAAGGAACUCGAAAUCUGGUAUAAAGGUCUCCCGGACACAUUCAAGCCAUGUGCUCGUCUCCCCCCAGUCACCAACGGAAUUUAUCCAGUUGGCUCUCCACGAUCUCUUUUCUCGGAAAUUUGGUAUAGCAUUCCGAUGUGCGCUUCAACAAUGCAAUCGUAUCAUAUGGCCCGAACCAUUCUUCUCAUGAAUAGGCCUCACGAGUCGACUGCACGACGUUCCACCCUGUCAGAUCGGCUUCAUUCAUAUCGUGCAAUUGAGAAAGAGGUCCGCUACCAUAGUUAUGAGAUAUGUAGUAUCGCUCUGGGCAGGCCUGAAGGGAGUGUACGGAUACAUCAAGUGCAGCCGCUGUUCGUUGCAGGUCAAUGUUUGACGGAGACUCACGAACGGCGCAUUAUUCUAGAUUUAUUACGCGGAAUCGAGUCUGAUUUAGGCUGGGCAACCGAUUACCGUGUAAGACAACUGCUAAAGGAGUGGAAUUGGAAUGAAGAGCCAAGCUGAAAUGUUACCCUUUGAAUCAAGACACCUGCUCUUUCAUGUCUAACUUCGAAACGAACAAUCAACAACCGCAGGGAAGGUUCUAUGUUGACACUUACAACGUGAACUUUCACUUUCAUCAUGGCUUUCGACUCAU